AUGCCUGAACAGCGAAAUAUCCAUGAAUUGAAGAGCCUUCAAGGAAAGUUGGCUUACAUCCGGAGGUUUAUCUCUAAUUUGGCUGGACAAUGCCAACCUUUCAGUCGACUGAUGAAAAAAAGGGUACCCUUCGAGUGGGAUGAAACUUGUAGAAAUGCUUUUACAAGCAUUAAAAUGUAUCUCAUGAAUCCCCCUAUGUUAGCUGCACCAAUUUCAGGUAAACCAUUGAUCCUCUAUAUUUCUGCUCAAGAACGAUCGGUUGGGGCCUUACUUGCUCAGGAAAAUGAUGAAGGUAAGGAGAAUGCGCUAUAUUAUUUGAGUCGGAUGAUGACAUCUAAUGAGUUGAAUUAUUCACCCGUCGAGAAGUUGUGUUUGACGCUUAUAUUUACCAUCCAGAAGUUGAAACAUUAUUUUCAAUCACACACUGUCCGACUCAUAUCCAAGUCUAACCCCAUUAAGUAUAUCAUGGCAAAACCUGUGCUGUCUGACCGGCUUGCGAGAUGGUACCUUCAGUUUCAACAAUUCGAUAUUAUUUAUGUACCUGCGAAGGCUGUCAAAGGACAAAUAUUGGCAGACUUUCUAGCCGAUCAUCUCAUGUCUGCCGAGUGGGAAUUGACUGAUGAACUCCUCGAUGAAGAAGUGUUUAUGGUUGAAUCUCCGUGGUCAUUGUAUUUCGAUGGAGCUGCUCACCGCGAUGGAGUUGGUGCGGGAGUUGUCUUUUAUACUCUUGAAACAGAUAUACUGCCAUAUUCUUUCACUUUAACACGUCGGUAUUCAAAUAAUGUGGCCGAAUAUCAGGCGUUAAUUCUCGAUCUUGAAACGACUGUAGACAUGAAGCAGUUGCAUCUUAGAGUCUAUGAUGAUUCAAAAUUAGUGGUAAAUCAACUUUUUGGUAUUUAUGAUGUCAAGAAAUCUGAAUUGAUCCCAUAUUAUAAGUACGUAAGACAACUCGUGGGAUAUCUGGACAAUGUCACUAUAGACCACAUCCCUAAAAAUUUCAACCAACAAGCUGACUCUUUGGCAAGGGUGGCGUCCUUGAUCACUCUACCUUCUUAUCGAAAUCAAAUUUCAAUAUGCCAAAAUUGGGUCAUACCUCCGAUGUUCGAUGAAGAAGAUAAUGGUGAAGAAGAAAAUGCUUAUCAUAUUUUUGUCCAUGAGAUUGAAAAGGAGGAUUGGCGUCAUCUUAUUAUGGAUUACCUUAAUCAUGGAAAGUUACCAGAAGAUCCCAAGAAAAGGGUUGAUAUACGUUGUUGA